AUGACUACGCGAUUUGUUCUAAUGGUCGCGAUUUUACAGCUUGCGAUUUGGGAUUGCUACGCUGUGAAUGGAAUAAUCUGGCAUAAACAACAACAAGAAUUUGUGCAAUUGUUUAGCAUCCCACAAUUUGCCGCUCUUCACAAGGAAAAUUUAGCUAAACGUCAAGCGGUUAUAGAGAAGUUGGACAUGAGCGGAGAAGUGGUGAAAGCUGUAUAUUACGAGGAAAUGAAUAUGGUAAUGUUUAAGGACAAUGAUACAAAAAUUGAUGGUAUUUUUGGCCAACUGUGGUACCUUCUUGAGGAUUAUCUCAAUUUUACAUUCAUCCCAAUAAAAUCAACCGAUCGAAAUUUUGGUGAGUUGCUGGAAAAUGGUAGUCAUAGCGGUUUGCUUGGCAUGCUCGAGCGAAAUGAAGCGCAAGUAAUCAUGAGAAGUACAUUCUAUUUGGCUCGCAUGAACGCAGUGGAUUAUAUAACGCCUCCUUGGAAAAGCACGUACUACAUUUAUGUUCAUCCGAAAUGGCUGUAUGAUAAUACAUGGAAAGUAUCGAUAGGCAAAACUAAACACAAAAGAAAAGGCUCCGUAGGUUUCAGCCUAGGCGAUCAUUUUUUCUAUUCAUUCACCAUAAUGAGCGCACGAGGCUACAUACCCAACGUUUUUUAUAGCAAGUUCAAGAUCUUGACAUUGUCAAAGACUAUAUUUGCGUGGUUAACACUGUUAGCCUUUAGUUCUCAUCUCAUAUAUCGGAUGACAUACAGAGAGCAGAUGCUGUCGUUUCAAGAUAUAGAUUCUCUUUUUAAUAAUACAAAAUACAUCUUACUGGUAUAUCGCGGCAGCUCUUUUGCCUCUUCUUUAAAUUUUACAUAUGGAGACUUGGUUGGCGAAUAUCCAUCUGCGCGUAUGAGUUUUAUAGAUAUUGCAGAAGACAUGUAUAGUACAAUUUGUUCUAACUUGACGGAAUAUGCGAUAUUUGAUGGCGACGAUCGAUUUAUGGCAUUAAGCAGAAAGUGUCAGCUUCGAGCCACGAGUAAAGCCAACACAACCUGGAUAACAAUCGCAUUUCAGAAAAAUUACCGUUACAGAAAGAACUUCGAAUAUGCAAUCACCAAAUUCAGAGAAGUUGGACUGCUUGAUGAUCUUAAAAAUACUUGGUUUAAUGGCAAACUGGAAGAAAUAGACCAAGAAAUAUUCAACCCGAUUGAUUUCCAUCAAGUCUAUUUCAUUUUUUUAAUGUUAUAUUACGGGAUCCUAAUAUCAUUUGUGAUACUCAUUCUGGAAAAUAUAACAUACUAUUACAAAAUAAAGAAUAUACGGCAAUUUAGAUGUAGAUAA